GUCCCGUUGCCACCCUGUCGCCUUACUCUCUGUCCCAAAUUCGCUCCUUUUAAUACAGCGUCAAAUUGUUGCAAAUAGGCGUUAAACCAAAUGGGGCGCCUUGUAGGCGCAGUCGCGGCAUUGCUGCUGUUGGCAGCGACUGCCAACGGGGCCCUGAUGUCCAUCGACCUGGGCUCGGAGUACUUGAAAGUGUGCUUGGUGAAGCCUGGGAGGACCCCCAUCAGCAUCGCCGUGAAUGAAAUGAGCAAGCGCAAGUCGCCCGCCCUGGUGGGUGUUGUGAACGGCGAGCGGCUGCUGGGCGAGGAGGCGUUCAGCUUCGCGGUGCGCUACCCGGAGCAGAUUGUUGCGCGGGCGCGCGACAUGCUAGGCAAGGACGCGGAGGACCCCACGCUGACGGCUCUGUUCCAGCAGCACGGCCUGCCGUACAAGCUGGUGGCCAACGCGGAGCGCGAUGGGGCGGCCAGCGUGCAGAUCGGGGAGGAGGUGUACAGCCCCGAGGAACUGGUGGGCUCCAUCCUGUACUACGCCCGCCAGAUCGCCGAGGAGCAGGCGGGCGGCCCCGUCACUGAUGCCGUCAUCACCGUGCCAGCCUACUUCGGCCAGCGCCAGCGCCAGGCCAUGGCGGACGCCGCCGACCUGGCCGGCCUGAACCUGAUGGGGCUGAUCAACGCGCACACGGCGGCGGCGCUGCAGUACGGCAUCGAGCGCGACUUCGCCAACCGCUCCCAGACCAUCCUGCUGUACGACAUGGGCAGCGGCACCACCGAGGUGGCGCUGGUCAAGUUCUCAGUCUACACGGUCAAGGAGGCGGGCAAGCCCAAGGUGUACAACCAACUGGAGGUGCGGGACGUGGACUGGGACGACUCCCUGGGCGGCAACCAGCUGGACAUGGUGCUGGCCCGGCACUUCGCCGCGCAGUUCUCGCAGAAGGCCAAGCUGCCGGACGUGGACGUCCUGCAGCUGCCCAAGGCCAUGGCCAAGCUGCGACGACAGGUCCGGCGCACCAAGGAGAUGCUGUCCGCCAACAGCGCCGCGCCCUGCACUGUGGAGGAGCUGUACGACGGCAAGGACUUCCAGUCCAGCAUCACGCGUGACGAGUUCGAGGACCUGGCCGCCGACUUCUUCAGCCGCGCCGCCGCGCCGCUGAAGCGCAUCAUCGAGCGCAACGGCCUCAAGCCCGAGGACCUGGACGCCGUGGAGCUCAUUGGCGGCGGCAGUCGGGUACCGCGGCUGCAGGCGGCGCUCAGCGAGGUGCUGGGCGGCCGCGGCCUGGACAGGCACCUGGACGCGGACGAGGCUGUGGCUCUGGGCGCGGGCCUGUUCGCCGCCAACCUGUCCACCUCAUUCCGCCUGCGCAAGUUCGGCAUGGUGGACCUCACCAUGUACGGCGUCAGCCUCAGCCUGGACCACGUGGUGCUGGGGGAUGCGGCGGCGGCGGCGGCGCCGGAGGGCGCUGAGCCGCUGCAGAAGGUGCGCAACCUGCUGCCCUUCAUGAAGAAGCUGCCCAACAAGCGCGUGGUGCGGCUGGACGGCGUGGCGGCGGACCCGCUGCGCUUCAGCCUGGCCUACAACGCCUCCACGCACCACGGCCUGCCGCCCGGCGUCAAGGCGGCUGAGCUGGCGGACUUUGAGGCCACCGGCGUGGAGGACGUCAUCAAGCGCUACAACACCAGCGGCCAGAUCUCUCUCCGCUUCGAGGCCGACUACAGCGGCCUGCUUCGGCUGGACAAGGUGGAGGCGGUGGUGGAGUACGAGGUGAUGGAGGAGAAAAUCAUCGAGGUGCCAGUCAACGAGACAGACACAGCCACCGGCGCCGAGGGUGCGGGCGCCGACGCCGACACCAAGGCAGAGAAGAGCGGCGAGGCGGAGGAGAAGGCCGCCAAGGCGGAUGCAGAGGCUGCCGGCGACAAGGCGGAGGAGAAGGAGAAGGCGGAGAAGGACGAGGGAGACGAUGACUCUGACACCAACGGCAACAGCGACGAGGACAAGGCGGAGGGCGCCAAGGAGGAGGGCGAGGGCGGUGCCGGCAAGGAGGAGGGCGGCGAGAAGGCCGAGGGCGGCGAGGAGAAGGCGGGUGGCGACAAGGCUGAGGAGGCCGAGGGCGAGGCAAAGGAGGGCGCCGACGCCGGCGCGGGUUCCGCCAACGCCACCAACGCGUCCAACUCCACCGCCAACGCCAAGCCCGCCACCGUCAUCAAGCGCAUCCAGGUGCCCAAGCAGAAGGUCGCCAAGGUCCCGCUCAAGGUGGGCGGCCGCGGCUGGCUCUUCCCGGCGCUGUCGGGCCCUGUGCGUGCCGCCUCCAAGACGGUCCUGGCCAAGUUCGUGGCGGCUGAGGCGGUGAAGCGGGACCUGGCCAAGAGCCGCAACGACCUGGAGUCUUACAUCAUCGCCAUGAAGGAGGCGCUGGAGACGGACGAGCUCAUGCAGAAGGUGAGCACCGAGGAGCAGCGCGAGUCGUUCCGCGCCCGGCUUACGGCCGAGGAGGACUGGCUGUACAUGGAGGCGGACGAGGGCGAGGGCGCGCAGCAGUUCAAGGACCGCCUGCAGCAGCUCAGGGACAUCGGCGAGCCCAUCAAGCGCCGCGCCGAGGAGCUGGAGCUGCGGCCCAAGCUGCUGGAGACUGUGCGCAAGCAGCUGGAGCUCAAGCAGUCGGUGGUCAAGGCCUGGGCCGACACCAAGCCCUGGAUCACAGAGGAGGAGCGCGAGGGCAUGGCCAAGCAGCUGGCUGAGGUGGAGGCGGACCUGAACGCCAAGGAGGAGUCUCAGUCCAAGAAGGCCGACCACGAGGAGCCCGCCUUCAGCGUCACCGAGGUGGCCGCCUCUUGGGACAAGUUCGACAAGGCCUUCAACAAGCUCAACAACAAGAAGAAGCCGAAGCCGCCGCCCGAGCCCAAGCCCGCCGCGGACGGCGAGGGCAAGGCCGAGGACGCAGGCGCCGGCAAGGCGGAGGCCGAGGGCGAGGGCGCGGACGGCGACGCGGAUGCUGACGCCGACGCCACCAAGGCCGAUGCUGAUGCUGGGGCUGGUGCGGACGGCGCUGACGGCGACGCCGGCGCGAAGAGCAAUGCGCAGGCCGAUGACGGCAAGGAGGAGGAGGCUAAGAAGGAAGCCCCGAAGAAGGAGGCCCCGAAGAAGGAGCAGGCCAAGAAGGAGGAGCCGAAGAAGAAGGAGGCUCCCAAGAAGGAGGCGAAGAAGGAGGAUCCCAAGAAGGCCAAGAAGGAGGCGCCCAAGAAGGACGACAAGAAGGGCAAGGCGGAUGCGAAGAAGGACGCGAAGAAGGAGGCGCCGAAGAAGGAGACAAAGAAGGAGGCCCCUAAGAAGGACGCCCCUAAGAAAGAGGCUCCGAAGAAGGAGGCUCCUAAGAAGGAGGCCCCGAAGAAGGAGGCGGGUGGCAAGGACAAGGACGCUGGCAAGGACGACAAGAAGUCUUGGAGCUGGAACAAGAAGAAGGGCGAGGAGCUCUAGGCUGCUCAUCGGUGUGUAGAGCGUGGAAGUGAAAUCUGAAUCUUAGUGAGAGAGCGCAUAGCAAGGCGGCACUCGGUGACGCUGGUCAGGGAAGAUAGAGUCACUGGGCCCUAUCCACGCAGACCGGGGAUCAGCAAGCCGGCUGUGGCCCGCGCUUAUUCUGAAACGGCCGAGACGACUGCGUGAUGAGACUGAUGAGGGACACUGGGUGCUGUGCACGCGGCGCUGGACCGCCCUGGCGGAGUGGUGGAUUGGCCUAUCAAGCUGGGCACGUGUGAUGUACACGCGUCAUGUUGACCAGCGUGCGACUGGCGCAACAGAUGCGGCUUCUGUUGCUGGCAGCCGCGGGGAGUGAGUGCGCUUGACGGCUGGAGUGCUUGGCACACUGGUUUGGCGGGUACAUGCGCCACUGCCUGACAGGCUGGGCAUGAGCGUGCAUCCUGGCGUGCAUGCGUUGCUCGGUGUGGUUAUCGGUGGGACUGGCGCAGCAACUGCAGCCUGUUUGUUAGUAGCGUGGGUGAUGAGUGCGCUGGAGUGCGUGACAUACACUGACACGCCUAGGAGGCAUUUAAUGACCUAGCAAAAGCGCGGCGUGCUGAGGAUCCGUAUCCGAGCUAUCACAUGUGCGCGCCACGUGAUCUCGCGCUGUGUGGGCACAUGUAAGCCCCCCUGCGUGGAAGAUCGCGGAAAGGGAGGACACACGAGCAGGGGAAGAAGCACGCAGGAGUGUGCGUAGUCGGAAUGCAUAUAAAUGCCCGUCAUGCCAGCCUGGCUUAACUAGGCGCCGCUGGCCGUGUCUCUCAUCGUGUCUUGAUCCUAUGGGCGUUCCGCCCACAGAUGCUUUGGACUCUGGCCGGUGCGGCAGGUAUGGGCACGGCCUUGGUGAGACCGGGUGGCCCAGUGUCGAAGCCUCGAAGGGCACGCGAGGAAGAGCACAAAGGAAGGGCCCCGAUUUAACGCACUGACGACGUACGGUAUGCUGGUGCGCGAUCGCACGUGCAGCAGUUCAGCACGGACGUUUUGGCGCGCGGGGCUGCAAAACGAGCUCCGUCCCUAUGUAGCUGCAUGU